GGAAGUUGCCCGCCCCACCCGUAAGAGUUGGGGUUAGACCGGAGCUAGUGAGGAUCCAGCCCAGGUUCCAGUUGUCCGCGACUCCUCCUCCUGUCGCUGCCAGCGUGAUUACUGGGACUCAGGUAUUUUCCUUUUGCUGUCCUCCAGCGGUGCAGGCUUUGGCAGUGUUUUGCCUGAAUGCCACUGGUGCUAGAGUAAGAGGCAAAGGAAUGAACGGAGCAGGUGGAAAGAGAGGCGACAUCUUCUUGUGCAGGGCUCGUUACCCUUGUAAACGCGUUACUCUCUACAGCCCUGAGUAACAGCGAUCCUUUCCUCUUGCCACCUGCUUAUCAGGACAGAAGAUCCGGACCACGGCCAAGCUCACAAAUCGGAUGGACCACACAUCCCCAACCUACAUGCUUGCUAACUUAACCCACUUGCAUUCUGAACAACUUCUGCAGGGCUUGAAUAUUCUUCGCCAACAUCACGAACUCUGUGACAUCGUUCUUCGAGUAGGUGAUGUUAAAAUUCAUGCUCACAAAGUGGUACUUGCCAGCGUCAGCCCAUAUUUCAAAGCUAUGUUCACUGGAAACCUUUCUGAAAAAGAGAACAGUGAGGUUGAGUUUCAGUGCAUUGAUGAAACUGCUCUCCAGGCCAUUGUGGAGUAUGCCUACACAGGGACUGUUUUUAUUUCUCAGGACACAGUUGAAUCUCUCCUGCCAGCAGCAAACCUACUUCAGAUAAAACUUGUCCUGAAAGAAUGCUGUGCAUUUCUUGAAAGCCAACUUGAUCCUGGUAAUUGUAUUGGAAUUUCUCGUUUUGCAGAAACGUAUGGUUGCCAUGACCUUUAUUUGGCAGCCACUAAAUACAUAUGCCAGAAUUUUGAAGCUGUUUGCCAGACUGAAGAGUUUUUUGAGCUUACACAUGCUGACUUGGAUGAAAUUGUUUCCAAUGACUGUUUGAACGUAGCUACCGAAGAGACUGUUUUUUAUGCAUUAGAGUCUUGGAUCAAGUAUGACGUACAAGAACGCCAGAAAUACUUAGCACAAUUACUAAACAGUGUACGAUUACCAUUGUUGAGUGUUAAGUUUCUCACUAGACUGUAUGAAGCAAAUCAUCUUAUACGUGAUGAUCGCACUUGUAAACAUCUUUUGAAUGAAGCUCUAAAGUACCACUUUAUGCCUGAACAUAGAUUGUCUCAUCAGACAGUCUUGAUGACACGACCUCGCUGUGCUCCCAAAGUACUUUGUGCAGUAGGAGGGAAAUCUGGACUCUUUGCCUGUUUGGAUAGUGUGGAGAUGUACUUUCCUCAAAAUGACUCUUGGAUUGGUUUGGCACCCCUAAACAUUCCUCGCUAUGAAUUUGGAAUAUGCGUUUUAGACCAAAAAGUAUAUGUUAUAGGUGGUAUUGAAACUAAUGUGCGUCCUGGCGUCACUAUCAGAAAACAUGAAAAUUCAGUAGAAUGCUGGAAUCCUGAUACAAAUACUUGGACUUCUCUAGAGAGAAUGAAUGAAAGCCGAAGUACUCUCGGAGUAGUAGUACUUGCAGGAGAACUGUAUGCAUUAGGUGGUUAUGAUGGACAAUCUUAUUUACAAUCUGUAGAGAAAUAUAUUCCCAAAAUAAGAAAAUGGCAACCUGUGGCACCAAUGACUACAACAAGAAGUUGUUUUGCUGCAGCUGUAUUGGAUGGAAUGAUAUAUGCCAUUGGUGGGUAUGGUCCUGCCCACAUGAACAGUGUGGAGCGUUAUGAUCCAAGUAAGGACUCCUGGGAGAUGGUUGCAUCCAUGGCAGAUAAAAGGAUUCACUUUGGCGUGGGUGUCAUGCUAGGCUUUAUUUUUGUGGUGGGUGGACAUAAUGGAGUCUCACAUUUGUCAAGCAUUGAAAGAUAUGAUCCUCAUCAAAAUCAGUGGACUGUGUGUAGACCGAUGAAAGAACCUAGAACAGGAGUUGGUGCUGCUGUAAUCGAUAACUACCUUUACGUAGUCGGUGGUCACUCAGGGUCUUCCUAUCUGAAUACAGUGCAGAAAUACGAUCCUAUCUCAGAUACAUGGCUGGAUGCAGCUGGCAUGAUAUACUGUCGCUGCAACUUUGGGUUAACUGCACUUUGACAAGUGUGAACUCUUGGAAAUAGUAUGGUGGUGAAAUUUGUACUGCAUGAACGGAUGGCCCAGUUUUCUGAAACCCACAAGCUGCAUUGCUUUCUUUUUAACUUGAAGUAGCAUGAAGACUCCAAGUUUUGCUGGGUACUUUUAAUUGACAAGUAGUUUUGGUUGCUCUUGAUUACACAGUAAACCGAUAAU